AAGCGGAAAUAGAAAGCCUUCUUUUCUCUAUUUAAGCGCGGCAACAAAGACUAUAGCUGAAGGUCUAUCUGUACUUCAUUCACGCUACACCAGACCGACUGUUUUGUCUCUCUCCACCGGCUCUACUAUCGUCCUGAAAUAAUGCCAGAAGAAGCGUCCACCGCAUCAAGCUCUGGGAGUGCGGAGGAGAAGCCGUGCUCAUCAUCGUCAGCUGCUGCUGCAGACAGCUCUGUAGACACCAUGGAGGAGGCAAAGAAACUGAUUGGUACCGGGAACAAGCAUCUGGUGAUGGGAGAUGUUGUUUCUGCUGUUAGUGUCUUCCAGGACGCCUGCAGCAUGCUGGCUGCAAAGUAUGGGGACACUGCAGAUGAGUGUGGUGAGGCCUUCUUCCUAUGUGGGAAGUCCCUACUGGAGCUUGCUAGGAUGGAGAACAGUGUCCUUGGUAAUGCUCUGGAGGGAGUCCCAGAUGAAUCUGAGGAAGAGGAGCAGCCUAACAACUCCAAUAUUGAGAAUGCCAACAAUCUUGAUGAUGACGACGACGAUGAUGAUGACGACGACGAUGAGGAUGGAGAGAGAAAUGGACAGGAUCAGGAAGAAGACGAAGUUGGGAAUUUGCAGUUAGCAUGGGAGAUGCUGGAGGUCGCUAAAGUCAUUUACAAGAGGAAAGAAGGCAAAGAUGACCAGCUGAUGGCAGCCCAGACAUACCUGAAACUAGGAGAGGUUGGUGCUGAAUCAGGCAACUACCCUCAGGCGCUAGAAGACUUCCAGGAGUGUCUUGCCCUGCAGCUGAAGCACCUGCCUCCCCACAGUCGUCUGCUGGCCGAGACCCACUACCAUGUCGCCACUACACUGUGCUACAUGGAUCAGUACAGCCAGGCUAUUCAGCACUACAACAGCUCCAUAAAAGUCAUCGAGACCCGUCUGGCCAUGUUGCAGGAAGUAAUAGCUGCAGCAGAGGGAGCAGAUGGGGCAGCAGAAGAGAAGAAUGAGAUGGAGGAGCUGAAGCAGCUUCUGCCUGACAUCAGGGAAAAGGUUGAAGAUGCUAAGGAAAGCCAGAGAACAGCCAGCGCUGCCUCCGAGGCCAUCCAGCAGACGCUAGGUGGAGCCUCAACCUCAUCUGCAUUCCUGUGUGAAAAUGGGGGCCCUUCAUCUUCAGCAUUUGCGACAGCCAGCCAGAUCCCAGUUAAAUCAUCUGGCAGCGCCUCGUCUUCAAAAGCAGCCUCAGACAUCUCCCACCUUGUCAGGAAAAAGAGGAAACCAGAGGAGGAGAGCCCAGUAAAGGACACUGAUGCUAAACAAGCAAAACAGGAAGCCACAGUUAAUGGCAGCGCUGACUCUAGUGCCAGCAACGGCAAUGGAGUCCAGGAGGGAAAAUCACAGGAGCCUGCCAACCAGUCAUCCUCUGUCAAGUCGUCAGCGUGACUGUCCCCGUCUCUUUCCUGAUCUACGAAACCAGCACAGCAUGCCUGUCCAGCCCUUUUCACCUUCAACACUCUUGUUUCUGUAAAUAAGAUCCAUUUUCAUAGAGUUGUCUGUCCAGUUUUGUAUACUUGUAGUAAAAAAGAAUAAAAAAAAUUUGCAGAUGUAAGUUUAUU